GCUCCUCCGGGCUUCCCUGCAGGGAAAGCGGCCCCUGUGAGCCUUGUCCCGUGCCCUAGCUGCCACUGAGGCAGGCGGUGGGACACUGUGCACAGGGGGCAGCUGGGCGAGAGGCACUGACACUAGGCAUAAACAGGAGCUCUGGACCAGCCACCCCUCCAGCUCUACAGUCCACCUCCUGCCUUCUGCCUGGUGAUGGAAAACCUGAGCACCAUGGCUGCCCCAGGCAGUGCUCUCUGGGCCCUGCUCUUGGCUACCCUGGGCUCCACCGCAGGCCAGCCACUGGGGGGAGAAUCAGUCUGCACAGCCCGCCCUCUGGCCAAGUACAGCAUCACCUUCUCCGGGAAGUGGAGCCAGACAGCCUUCCCCAAACAGUACCCCCUGUUCCGACCCCCUGCGCAGUGGUCCUCCCUGCUGGGGGCAGCUCACAGCUCUGACUACAGCAUGUGGAGGAAGAACGAGUAUGUCAGCAAUGGGCUGAGGGACUUUGCAGAGCGCGGUGAGGCCUGGGCCCUGAUGAAGGAGAUUGAGGCUGCAGGAGAGAAGCUCCAGAGUGUACACGCAGUGUUCUCAGCCCCGGCCGUCCCCACGGGUACCGGGCAGACCUCUGCAGAGCUGGAAGUGGAGCCUAGGCACUCACUGGUGUCCUUCAUAGUGCGCAUCGUCCCCAGCCCUGACUGGUUUGUCGGUGUUGACAGCAUAGACCUGUGUGAGGGGGGACGGUGGAAGGAGCAGGUAGCCCUGGACCUUUACCCCCACGACGCAGGGACGGACAGUGGCUUCACCUUCUCCUCCCCCAACUUUGCAACCAUCCCACAGGACACAGUGACUGAGAUAACAUCCUCUUCUCCCAGCCACCCGGCAAACUCGUUCUACUAUCCACGGCUGAAGUCUCUGCCUCCUAUUGCCAGAGUGACCCUGGUGCGGCUUAGGCAGAGCCCCAGGGCCUUUGUUCCACCUGCCCUAGACCUGGCCAGCAGGGGCAAUGAGAUUGCUGACAGCCUCUCAGGCCCAGAAACACCACUGGAUUGCGAGUUUUCCCUGUGGUCAUCCUGGGGGCUGUGCAGAGGUCCAUGUGGGAAGGUGGGAACCAAGAGCAGAACUCGCUAUGUCCGUGUCCAGCCUGCCAACAAUGGGACCCCCUGCCCUGAGCUUGAAGAAGAGGCUGAGUGUGCCCCCGACAACUGCGUCUAAACCCAGAUCUCUGGGCUCAGGUCUGGUCACAAAGGGCUCCUAGGAGGCCAGCGACAUGGCUGGUUUUACAUUAUCCUCAGGCUAGGCUUGCACUGAGGCCCUCUGUGGCAAGCAGGGGACCGUGGUGAACAGGCCCCUUCCGCAGACAGAUUGAUUCCCAAGGCUCACAGGUCUGCCCUAAAUUAUGUCCCUUGUAAUUUAUUACUGUUCUGGGAGGCUGCCUUUGUUGCAGAGAGUAUACACACCAGUGCAGGGCAGGAAGGCACCCGGUGGGCCCAUGUGGUUAUCAGAUACCUCAGCCCUACUGCUCCUGCACCUGCUCCCAGGAUGGCUGCCACCGCUGGGCUUCUCCUGGAAUUCAAUGGGGGCAACCAUGUGAGAAAUAACAGAGAGGCAGUUUUGGAAAUGGCAUUUUCAUGUUACUGAUCUCUUCGUAUUUGAAUAAAGCUAUCUGUU